GUUCUUGCAACAUGCUCUCAUAGGAUUGCGUGUACAGUUCUUCAUCGUGAUUCGAUGAACUGUUGUUUUUCUCUUCUUGCAUGAACGCAUCAGGGGUCGGUCAGAGAGAUUGAGGAUAUCAUGUUCGAGCGUCAAAAACUACCUCCAGAACAGGUAAAUUAUGAAUGAAUGAAGGGUCAAGUAGUUCAAGGGUCAAGUUUUUUGAAUAAGAACGAGAAGUAAUCGGUUCCCCGCGCCUGUUCGACUCCUGAGUUGUUCGCCGCGUUGUGAGACAUCGUUGCCAUGCUCUGUCAUCGGUUUUGAUCACUUUGUACUCGUACUCGUUUCCUCAUCUUGUCGUCCAACUAUUUUCUUGUCGAAGAGAGCUUAGUAUCACUACUUUCUUGUUAAAAUACAAUAUCAAAGUGCCAGUCUUUAUUCUAUUUAAACCCAUUAUAUCAUCUCGUACUCAUCCUGCCUAAAAAAAAAAGAGCAUUAAAAUCUAGAAGUACUUUGUGAGACCGGCAUGGAAAUAGAAAAAGUAAAACUUGUUCUCACUGGGACCGGGUGUAGUUGACGAAACAAAAACUGAAAGCCUCUCAAGAACAAACAAAACCUGAAAGCCUCUUAAGAACAAACAAAAACUGAAAGCCUUUCCUUUCCUCAAGAAAAUACACCAAAAACAAACAAAAUAUAGCUGGAGAUAUCUUGAGUAGGAGCUCUCGUGACGACUAAGACUAUCCACCAAACAAGGUUCACAAAAUGCACGCCACAGGAGGACAAGAUGCUUUCGACCGGAAGAGGUCGACGGGCCUCAAGGGGAAGGUCCAGGAUAUGGCCUACUCCCUUCAGAUGCAGAACGAGGAAAUCGGUAUCGAGAAAAAUCAGCUCGAAACGAUAAAGAGCGAAAACUUGAGCAGUUCGAACGGGUACAACUUGUUGAUGAGUUCCUUCAUCCUAUUCUUGUUCAAGUAUUGUUCGUUGUAGUUGUACAACUCACUCAACAUCAACAUGUUGAUAAUCUCAGACAAGUUCUGGUGAGCAUCAUUUGAAAAACGUUAGUCACGACCAUGAGAUUGAGAAGUGCUAUUCCUGCCAUCAACUUUUUUUGAUAUUGGUUUGUAUUACGUAGUCGUUGUUGUACAACUUUUCUUCAACAUGAUGGAGUUUGUUGCGAGAAUGAAGAAUCCUCCCGACCACAGACAAAACGUAAACAUGAUCUUCUAAAUCUAAAAAUUUCCACCACCAGGUUGCAAAACAAGCGUAAACAUCUUCUAAAUCUAAAAAUUUCCACCACCAGGUUGCAAGGUCAAUUGGGAGAUAUCAAGCGUUAUUUUGCCGCAGACGUGCAGCGAAUGGAGGAGGAGUUUCGAGUACAGGCUAACUUGCAGAAAAGUGAGAAUGUCCGACUCCAACAGCAGUUGACGACUUUGAAGUUACGCAUUACAGGAGAUACUUAAGUAAACACAUAACAGGAGAUACUUAUCAUGAUACAGGAGAUACAGGAGAUACAACUUAUCAUGAUACAGCCUACAGGAGAUACUUAACUAAUAACACCUACUGAUACAACUGAUUAAUAAAGACAUCCUCCUUGAAAGACAUAACAGGAUAUGAUAAAGGAGAUACUUAUAACUGAAUAUAGACAUCCUCUAAAGGAGAAGAAGUGUCAUGCCGUAUACGCUUACCUUGUCGCAGGUGAGCCAACUCCUAUCCUAGUAUCCUAUCCUACCCUACAACUUCAACCAGUUAGGACCUCUCAUCUUCUAUGAGCUAGGUGAUAGGCCUCUAAUGAACGGAGAAAAGACGUCAGUGCAUCAGCAAAUCAUCGCACUCCAAAGGCGCAUCGAGGAGAUCGAGGAAGAAAUUGGUCACGACUAAUCUUCGAGCGAAUCAUCGGGAAAAAGAGGAGAAGGAGGUAAGUACCUACAACUUUUUGUCAGUACUUUUUGGAGUUAACGAAAGAAAAUCGAUACUUGUCGGAUUCAAUGAGACAACUACAAGUGAAAUCUUCAUCUUCUUGAAGCUACAGGUAGCCUUGCUUCUUUCGAGACAUGUUGAAUAAAAACUAAAUUUUCUUGAAGCUACAGGUAUCCUUAGGGGGGCGGUCACGUUUCGAGACUGCUGCGCAAGUAUGAGCAAGGAUGGCCAGAGUAGUAGAUGUAGACGUGGGCAUAACAUCUUCGUCUUAGAUUUUGUGACUGCAGAAGUGCUAAUAAAGUAGUAGGUUGUUAUUUCAUUGACAUCAUUAUGACAUCCAGAUUUCCUUCCUAAACAAAACGAACACUAUUCAACAGCUGAACAAUAUCAAUAGAUAUUUCAACAUCAUCAUUUCUAUUAUAGUGGACCGACGUACAACAACAGGUAGUACUUACAUAAUAAUGAACAAGUUACAAGUAGUACCACGACAAUGAAUACGAUUUCCACAACAUCAACUGCACAGAUGAUACAGGAAAACAGGAACGGAAUCUGGGAAAUCGAAAUUGUAGUGGUAAAAUUAUAGGCGCAAACCGAACGACCGGUACAUGGAUAUUGUAAUUCUGUAUCAAAAGAAUCCAACUAGUACAACUAGAAGAGGCAGAAUGACGAUGACCAGUAGACGAAGAAUGAACAAGAAACAAGACGAAACCAUAGUGCGCUGAACCAUAAAUGUACUUGUAUAUUCAAGACUAGCAUUGUAGAAAUUCUUUCGAAGAUGAUGAUGUGGGGACGAU